AUGCUACAGAAAAUGGGCUCCGGAAGAAAUCCCCUUGUCCUCUACACCAAUAAAGGGCCCAGGAUUAGCAAGAGACCUCGACUAGAGUUGGAGCAGGAACAAGGAGAGACUUCGAUUGAAUUUGAAGAGACUCUGGAUUCGAGUUACCACCCUGAUGAUACUGUAGAAGAAUCUGACGUAUCACUUCAGACACGAUCCACGCACAGUGACGCAAAGUACAUUGUGUUUGAAAGCUGCCUCGGACAGCUGUUUGAAAAAUGUCCGUUUUGUAAGACAGACUGUGAUGUCCAAAAACGAAAAAAUGGGACUUUUGUGGCGUUCAAACAGCGUUGUCCAAACUGCACUUACUUCAGACAAUGGGAGAGCCAGCCCAUCAUUGGAAGUACCCCGGUUGGCAACUUACAAUUAUCUGCUGCUACAUACUUCACUGGUGCUUCCUUCUUCCAACUAAAAAAUAUAUGCAGAGCCAUGCAGCUGGAGAUCUUCCAGUAUGAGACCUUCAGGAGGCAUGCUAGGCAUUAUCUGGAGCCUGCUAUUAUCCACAAGUGGAAAACUGAUCAGCUGAAGAUUUUCCAGCAACUACACCACCAGGGGGGAAAGGUCACAGUUGCAGGAGAUAUGAGAGCAGACUCUCCAGUGUACGUGGGUGAGCUGAUGAGGCUGGUGUUUGAAGAAGUCUUUGAGGACCCAACACCCUUUGUGGAGGAGAUGAAUAAAAUCAACAUCCCAAAGGACCUGUCCACUCAAUUUGACAGGCCCUCAAAGGAGGAAGUGGUAGCCCGCCAUGUCUCACGUUUUAGUCUAGGGGCAGUCGGAAGCCCACGUACUGUCCAGCCAGAUCAGGGAACUCCUGGCGUAUCCGGCGGACCACACACGACGGGAUGACCACUCUGAUUCCUCGUCCCAAAAAGCCCCAGCACCAGCUUACGAAGCUGCGAUAGGCCAGAUGCCUAAAACGCCUAUAAGAGGAGGAAUGGAUGAUAACAUAUAUGUGCUGUCCUGUUUUUCACCCUUACCCUCUGGCUGCUUGAACAACUGAAUUUCCCCACAGGGAUUAAUAAAGGUCCAUCUUAUCUCAUACAGUGUAUGAUGAUCAAUUUGUACAUUUAUCAAAAUAAAGUUUGAUGGAACUACUUGAUAGCCUUUCUUCCCUGAAUUAUUUGCUCCUAGAUCAUUCAUAUAUAGCAAACCAUUAUUUGAUUUUUCAUCUAAUACAGUAGU